UCGCUCGCCAUAGCCGCGUCUCCAACAUGGCGGCUCCCCAGGACGUCCACGUUCGGAUCUGUAACCAGGAGAUUGUCAAAUUCGACCUGGAGGUGAAGGCGCUUAUCCAGGAUAUUCGAGAUUGUUCUGGACCCUUAAGCGAGCUCACUGAACUGAACACCAGGGUGAAAGAAAAGUUUCAACAGUUACGACACAGGAUACAGGAGCUUGAGCAAUCAGCAAGGGAGCAAGACAAGGAGUCGGAGAAGCAGCUUCUACUUCAGGAAGUGGAGAAUCACAAAAAGCAGAUGCUCAGCAACCAGACCUCAUGGCGGAAAGCCAAUCUUACCUGCAAAAUUGCCAUCGACAACCUGGAGAAAGCAGAACUUCUGCAGGGAGGAGACCCCUUAAGGCAAAGGAAAACUACCAAAGAGAGUUUGGCGCAGACAUCCAGCACCAUCACAGAGAGCCUCAUGGGGAUCAGCAGGAUGAUGUCACAGCAGGUGCAGCAGAGCGAAGAGGCUAUGCAGACUCUAGUCAGCUCUUCACGAACUCUCCUGGAUGCAAAUGAAGAGUUUAAGUCCAUGUCGGGGACCAUCCAGCUGGGCCGGAAGCUCAUCACAAAAUACAACCGCCGUGAACUGACGGACAAACUUCUCAUCUUCCUUGCCCUGGCCCUGUUCCUUGCUACAGUCCUCUAUAUUGUGAAGAAGCGCCUCUUUCCAUUUUUGUGAGCAAGAGCUGUCCGCUAUGGCCCUUUGCACUCCCGAUUCAGGACGAGGCUCUCAAGACUGGCCGGGCCGCCAAACUGGGCUGCUCCUCCCUGGGGUUCUCUCCAGUUGCUCAGGGCACCCAAAGGAGGGGAACACAGCAGCCCAGUUUCCUUCAAGAAGCUGCUUGGGAAGGGCAAGUGGAGUAGAGGACAAGGAAGCCUUCGGGACAGAUGCAGUCCACAUCCACUCAGCUGCCAAGCACUGUGGCUGCCACAGGGAGCAUUUCAACUCCGGGGUUUGAUGUACCUCCCUCAGGUCCUGAGGCGUAAAUGCUAGAUCUGGUGGAGAGAAGAGCCUUGGGGGUGGGGGAGAGUGGGGAAGGUGAUGACAGCUCAUGACUGUUCCCCGAAUAAACCUCACUUAUUUAAUGGA